GACGGCCGUUUUGCGCACCGCGGCUUUGUUGCGCAGAAGGACUGUCACUUUAUUACCCGGAGAUGGGGUUUGGCCGGAUUUGUUUAAAUGUGUGAAAAAUGUCCUUACGGAGAUGAACGUCCCCAUUGAUUAUGAAGAGAUCCAAUUGAGUGGUCUUCAGGGUUCCAAGGCCACUGAUCUUGACGCAGCUGUUGCGUCUCUUAACAGAACAAAAGUUGGACUGAAAGGUAUCAUUCGGAGUCCAAUUGAUAGCCUUGAAGUUGACACACUCAAUAUGCGAAUGAGGCGUAUGCUAGACCUCUAUGCUACCGUUGUACACAUUCGGAGUCUACCGGGUGUUCCAACUCGACAUGGAAAAUUGGAUUUUGUAAUCGUUCGAGAGCAGCUUGAAGGAGAGUACUCGUCGCUGGAGCAUGAAUCGAUACCAGGCGUUGUGGAGUCUCUGAAAAUCACGACACGAAAGAAUUGCGAGCGGAUAGCGAAGUUUGCUUUCGACUAUGCAGUGCGAAAUGGCAGGACCACUGUUACAGCGGUUCACAAAGCUAAUAUAAUGAAGCUAGGCGAUGGUCUGUUUUUGGAAACUUGCCAAAACGUGUCACAUUUGUAUCCUCGCGUGAAAUUCACUUCCAUGAUCAUCGACAAUUGCUGCAUGCAGCUGGUCAGUCGGCCACAGCAGUUCGAUGUGAUGGUGAUGCCCAACUUGUACGGAAAUAUCGUGCACAAUUUGGCCGCAGGAUUGGUCGGCGGAGCUGGCGUCGUCCCCGGAGUGUGUUUUGGGCCAGAUGUGGCUUUAUUCGAACCAGGCACCCGUCACUCAUACACCGCUGCAUCUGGCCGUGACAUUGCUAACCCAACAGCCAUUCUAUUGGCUACCUGUCGCCUCCUACGCCAUAUCAACUUAACUGAGUAUGGGAAUCGCUUGGAAUCCGCGGUACACCAAGUACUUCGAUCUGGCCAAGCCUUGACUGCAGAUAUCGGCGGUCAGGCGACCACCACUCAGUUCACCGAGUCUCUUCUCAGCCACCUGCAGAAGGACUCCAGGCGAGCAUAAUUGAUGACGAGGAAUUUUUGUUUCAACGGUUUCACCACUAUAUUUAUAACAUCAAAUGCAUAGUGGACUUAUUUCUAGCUCUAUACCUUGGUAUUUACAGCUUCAUUCGCUGAGUAAUAAAUGACACCUACUUUAAUUAGCCCGGAUACUCUUCUAGUUUCCCUUUUUUAUACAUAUGCUACGAUGUCAACCUACACACCGUUGUCUCUAGCAUUUAUAAUGUUUUUCCACCCCAAUUUUCGCUUUCAUCACAUCUGUCUUUGAACCGGAUACUUGCGUACACAUUUUUAUCAUUGAUCUCUUUGCCGAACUUGUUUUCAAUUUUCCAUAUACUCUACCUUGUCAUCCUUCUCACAUCCGUGCAAUAGUUGAGUUUUCUGUCCGCUGGAUUACAUGGCUAACGGUAACAAAGGCAGAUCUGCGGCUAAUUCGUUUUGACAUUCAGAGCAUAUCAGCGAUUCAGUAUACGUUGCAAGGUCCACCCAAUCAGUCUGGCUUUGUAUGACGAUCC